CCUAAUUCGUACAAGAAUAUGCACAGGCUGCUGCCAAAUUUCUACAGCGAUUAGGUUUGGAUUCAGUUUAUCAGAGAGACCAAAUUGGGGGAAAUUGAAUUAGGGUUUUUAUCAAGAAGUCGAUGAUGUCGGAGCACAGCAGCACGGUUAGUACGGCAGGCGGACCGGAUUUUAACCUACCGGACGAGAUACUGUCUGUGAUCCCCACGGAUCCUUACGAUCAGUUAGAUCUUGCUCGGAAGAUCACUUCAAUGGCGCUUGCAUCACGCGUUUCUAAAUUGGAGUCGGAGGCAGGGAGGUUGAGGCAUAAGUUGAACGAGAAAGAUCGGGUUAUAAUGGAACUCGAAGGAAAAGUCUCCGAGCUUCAACAAACAUGUCAUAAUGUUCAAUUGCGGUUGCAGAUUACACUUGAAGACAAUUCGAAACUUGUGGAGGAGAGAGAUUCGUUGGCUAUGGCUACUAAGAAGUUAGGGCGCGAUUUAUCUAAGCUGGAGACUUUCAAGCGACAAUUAAUGCAGUCAUUGAAUGACAAUGAUUCGACUCAAGCAACAACUGUAGAUAUAGGCACCUAUGAUCAAUCUGCUCCCAGAGCAUAUCCCGUUAAAGAAGAGGAGACAAAUGGCUAUAGAAGGCACCACUCUUUUAGUGGUUCUAUAGAUGGUGGAAACAUCCCUGAUGACGCCUCAAAGCAUGCUGGUCAAAGGUUUUCUAUGACACCGUAUAUCAGUGCACGAGUAACUCCAACUGCAACUCCCAAGACGAUCUCUGCGACUGUAUCUCCCAGAAGAUAUUCUGCUUCUGGUGCUACAUCCCCAACAAAAAUUCAAUACGAAGGGCGUACUACGCUGUCAUCAUGGUAUUCAUCAAGCCAACAAUCUUCUGCUGGAAACUCUCCUCCUCGUGGUCCCCCAUUACCAGGCCGUACCUCUAAGAUUGAUGGAAAGGAGGUCUUCCGUCAAGCAAGGAGCCGUCUAUCUUAUGAGCAGUUCAGUGCUUUUCUGGCAAAUAUAAAGGAAUUAAAUGCUCAAAAACAAUCUCGUGAGGAGACUCUGAGGAAGGCAGAAGAAAUAUUUGGUACUGAUAACAAGGAUCUUUAUCUGUCGUUUCAAGGUCUGCUAAACCGCAACAAGCAAUGAAGAUAUCGUUGGUGGAUAUAUAUUUUAUUUAUGAGUGUUUAUGGCAAAGAAUCUAUGGAAAUGAAGUCGUAAGGAUUAAAUGAAGUAAUGGGAAGCUAAAGGUCUGUAUAGGUUUAGUUUUUGGCUAUUUCAUGCCUGUAUGAAAUAUAAGAUACUAGAUAUCUUAUCUGCAAUUCUGCACUGUGCACCUUAAUUCAUGACAUGAUGAUCCAUUGACUGUUUCAGUUUU